GGCAGGGAGGCUUGGCAGCGAGUUCCGACAGGAGGGCGGCCCGCGCUUGGGCAGGCCAGCACCCCGGGAGGCCCCAGGCUGGGGAGAUGGAAGAACAGGUGUUCAAGGGGGACCCAGAUACCCCUCAUUCCAUCUCCUUCUCAGGCAGUGGAUUCCUCUCCUUCUACCAGGCCGGGGUGGUGGACGCCUUUCGGGACCUGGCUCCCCGGCUGCUGGAAACGGCCCAUCGCUUUGCUGGGACGUCGGCAGGUGCGGUGAUUGCAGCCUUGGCCGUCUGUGGGAUUGAAAUGGAUGAGUACCUCCGAGUCCUCAGUGUGGGUGUGGCCGAGGUGAAGAAAUCCUUCUUGGGGCCCUUGUCCCCGUCCUGUAAGGUGGUGAAGAUGAUGAGGCAGUUUCUGUACCGGGUCCUGCCUGAGGACUCCUACAAGGUCGCCACGGGGAAGCUCCAUGUGAGCCUCACCCGGUUCACGGAUGGAGAGAGUGUUGUGGUUUCAGAAUAUACAUCCAAGGAAGAGCUCAUGGAGGCCCUGUACUGCAGCUGCUUUGUCCCUGUGUACUGUGGCCUCAUUCCUCCAACUUACCGUGGCGUGCGGUACAUCGACGGGGCCUUCUCGGGCAUGCAGCCCUGCUCCUUCUGGACGGACUCCAUCACCAUCUCCACCUUCAGUGGUCAGCAGGACAUCUGCCCGCGGGACUGCCCCGCCAACAUCUGUGACUUCCGCAUAUUCAACUGCUCUUUCCAGUUCUCCCUGGAGAACAUUGCCAGGAUGAUCCAUGCCCUGUUCCCCCCAGACCUGGUGAUCCUGCACGAUUAUUACUACAGAGGGUACGAAGAUGCUGUUUCGUACUUGAGGCGGCUGAAUGCUGCUUACCUUAAUUCUCCUUCCAAGAGAGUGAUUUUCCCCUGGGUAGAAGUGUACUGCCAGAUAGAACGCGCCCUUGGCAAUGAGUGCCCUGAACACUGUCAACCAAGCCUCCAAACAGAGCGGGCCAGUCCAGAAGAAUCCAGACAACUUCACACACAAUGGGCUCCCAAAGGGGAAAGAAAAGGUGGCCGUGAUCCACCUCUGUUCCCACCUGUGCAGACACCUGAAUCCACAUGUGAGUGGCCUGUGGCGUCACCUGUUUUACCACCUGCAUCGCCACUGGCCUCAUCACCAUCACAUUCUCCAACUGACUUGCCACCUGUAGCACUCCCAGCUGUGCACUUCCUCCCCAGCUCAACACCUGGGCUGUCACCUGUAUCACCAUCACAGCAGGUACAACUGACUGGAUCACCACCCAGAUCCCCACCCCCCCAGUCAUCUAUGUCAUCCAGGACGUCCCUGGGGCCUUCCGCUGUGGGCACAUCUCCAACAUUGCCCCAAUGCUCUUCUUCAGCAUCACCUGCACAGCCACCUGUGGAGGAACUGGGCCCAGAACAGCCCCAAGCUCCCUGUGCUUCUUCAAAUUCCAAACACACUGUGCCUCUGGCUAAUGUGAAGGAAACCAUGAGCAAGCCUUAUGCAAUGUCUGCUCCCUGCCCACUCGACUUCUCUCUGCUCUCCACUUCCGAGACAGUUUGGGUCACCUACAGACCUCAUCCCAGCCGGAUCAAGGAAUACAGCUGCCCUGAGGAAACUGUGAGCCGAGAGAGAAAACUUGAGCUGGAACGGGAAAGAACCUGACGGCCGCAAGGCCAAGGCUUCUCCCUGCUGCUCUCAGACGCCCUCCUCUCACCCCAGGCCUUUCAGGGACCUGCGUGCCGCCCACUACCAUGCCUGUUGGUGUAGAGGGUCCUGCUUCCCCCAGGCAAGAGCCUUUUUGUCUAAACAUCCUCCCAGCUUCCCUGCAGUCCUUCCACUACUCUGCUCUGGACAGACAGAUGGAUGUCAGCGCAGACGGGCACUGAAGAGUGAGCAGCACAGCCUCCUCCCAGCUGGCUGGGCUCUGGGCCUUCCUCCCAACCUAGCCUGAGUUCACAAUUCUUCAAGAUCCUAGCCCCACAGUAUCUCAUCCACAGGGCAAAACUGUUGCCGGUCAGGCAGAGCUGAGCCAUGGACACACUUUCCUGUUUCCUGUGGUGUCAAGAGACCACAUCUUCUUCUGUUGCUUGUUUUUUGUUCACAAAGCGUGCAAAAGGCUUGACUUGGAACCAGUGGGCUCCACCUCAGCCACUCAUGGAAGUCCCCAGGUGGGGUUCAUCUGGCAUGCAGCCUUUACAAGCUCCCGAGGGAUUAUGUGGUGCAGCUGGUGGAGUGGGCAGCCCUGGCCUUCAUGAAGUCCUCCCAUGGUUGUAGAGGAAACGGGAAGCUUUAUGUCCCCUUCCCUCCCCUUUCCCAGCCCAAAUGAGGGCAGACUCUGUCGGCUCUUCACACCCAAGUGAAAAUGGUCCACAAGAAAGAUAUCUUUGGGACUUCCCUGGUGGCGCAGUGAUUAAGAAUCUGCUUGCCAAUGCAGGGGACUUGGGUUCAAGCCCUAGUCUGGGAAGAUCCCACAUGCCAUGGAGCAGCUAAGCCCGUGAGCCACAACUACUGAGCCUGUGUGCUACAACUACUGAAACCCAUGCACCUAGAGCCUGUGCCCUGCAACAAGAGAAGCCACUGCAAUGAGAAGCCCACACGCCGCAACGAACAGUAGCCCCUGCUCGCUGCAACUAGACAAAGCCCGCAUGCAGCAACGAAGACCCAACACAGCCAAAUAUAAAUAAAUAAAUAAAUAAAUAAA